AGACGGUUGCAUUGCAUCUGAGAAAUUAGCUACUCGAUCACUGUAGUGGUAUUAUUACCGAACUCCAAAUAAGCAAUGUCGACAACUUCGACAUCCCUCGGCCUGCUAAUCCGUCCGCCAAGAUCAGCUGGUACGCCGUCCUUUGGGUCUCUCAAACCAGUAGUGGUGACUCUCCCUUGUGCUCCUGCUGAGAAGAAGCGGCCUCGAUCCAUCUGUUACUCUGUGGAUGCCAAGGCUACCGACCAUGCCUUCAACAUCUCUCCCGUUGCCCUUGUGCAUCCCAACAUGCCGCCAACGUCGACGCCGCGAUGGGAGAUCAAGGAAGAUGGCAAGGAAGUCAGGCUGACAUUCUUCAACUUGUCGGAGGGUGCUACAACGGGCGACUUCCAGGUUGCCGUGGAGGACGAUGUGCUCAUCAUCAAGAGCACGAAGCCCAAGCCCCCUGCAGCCGAGGAACAGAGGCAAAAGGAAGCCCCAGCCGACAGCGUCUCGUUCCACGUCCGGCUACUGGUGCCCAAGGGAUACGACAAAGAGAACGUGCGUGCCCAACUGCAGCUCCGGGCUCUGGUUGUCACCAUCCCCAAGGUUAAUCCUUCAUUCACCAAGGAGGUUGACAUCGACGACGGAAAAUAGGAACGAACACUUCAGUUUCUGUAUUUUGUGUUUACCAUGGGUCAUAUCGUUGUAUCCCAGCUGUGGUAGUAAUUAUGUGGACGCAUUUUGCGUCAAAAUAACUAUGGCUUAGCAGCGAAAUAUCUAUUGCGGGCACCACAGCAAAAUAAAAACUUUUCGUGAGUCAAAA